AUGGUAGAAAUCGAACUAUCAAAAUGUUUUGAAUUUCCCACUCUGGAACUGCUGUGGCUGAGGCGGCUGGACCGGGACCGGGCAGCUACCCAUCGCUUGCUGGUUAAAGCUUGGGACGGCGGCAGCCCUCGCCGGAGCGGGCGCCUCCGGGUAGCGGUCCAAAUACUGGAUGAGAACGACAACGCUUUGCACUUUGAGCCACGCGAGUAUCGCGCCCACCUACGGGAAGACGCGCCUUCAGGAACUGCCGUGUGUCGGGUUUUCGGCACCGACUCGGAUCUGGGUGUCAACGGAGAGGUGAGUUACGUGCUCAGCCGCCGCCAGGGCGACUCUUCUGCGGCGACCCACUUCGAGCUGGGCGAGCGCAGCGGGUUGCACCGUUUGCGCCGGCUCCGCGCUAACCACCGCCGCGACGGCGAUGCCCAGCCCGAAGUGGCGGCCGCCUUGGUUGCCGUGGAAGGACUGGACGUGAGCGACAACCCGCCAGUCAUUCGGUUGCUCUACCUCCCCGAGGCCGGUGCCAGCGCCUCGGAAGGGGCGCGGUCGGGGGACUACAUAGCCCGCGUGUCUGUCUCUGACCCCGACGAACAACCGGGAAAGAGGACUGGCGAGGGGAGUUCGAGAGGCGGCCUGGAGCUGAGCCUGGAAGGCGGCGACGGCGCCUUUUCGCGGCGACGCUCUGGCGGCGACAGCGGCGUCUAUUCCCUGUGCGUGGAAGGCUCCUUAGGCCGGGAGAGCCGCCGGGCUUACGAGCUGUGCUUGACGGCUGUCGACGCUGCCCUCCCGCCGCUCUCCUCGCCCCGCGCGCUGGGCCUCCGCGUGGCCGACCAGAACGACCAGGCUCCCGCCUUCGCGCAGCCUCGGAAGCCGCCUCGCCUGGCGCGGUGCUCUUGCACCUCAGCCGCCUUGGUCCCCCGCCCAGGCUCACCGCGCGCUUUUCCUCCUCGACCCGCUCAGCGGCGGCGGCGUCCUCAGGCUCCGAGCCGCCCUGGAUCGCGAGCGGGAAGCGGGCUGGUGCAUCUGUGGGCGCCGGCCCGGGAUAUGGGCGAGCCGCCCCUCUCGUGGCGGAUGCCAACGACCACGAACCCGUCUUCAGACGCCAAGUCUACAACGUGA